GUUAACAAGAAAUAUCAUGGUUGGGUGCGCUGCACCAUUUCCACGUCAGUAAGUUUGCCUGUGGAAGAGAUUACCCACCGGUGACAGAAUAUCAAUCUAAUUUCCUGCUAUAACAGACAAACAUCAGGGCAUGACAACUCUACGUGGACCUGUUUAAAUAUACAUGAUGGACAAGAAUAUAUACAUUGUUCAAGGAGAGAUUUCUAUUGUUGUUGCUGCUAUCAAGAGGAACUCUAGAUGGAGUACACAUACUCCUUUGGAUGAAGAACAGGACCCACUACUCAACAGCUUCAGCAACUUGAAAGAGAUUCUCAAUAACAUAAAAGAUCUCUCUGAUGUGGAGCCCAAUGUGUUCCUUCGACCUUUUCUGGAGGUCGUUCGCUCAGAGGACACAACUGGACCAAUCACAGGCCUUGCUCUCACCUCUGUCAACAAGUUCUUGUCAUAUGGCCUUAUAGAUGCCAAUCAUGAAGCGGCAGCAGAGGGCAUCGAGAACAUGGCUGAUGCUGUCACACAUGCUAGAUUUGUAGGCACAGACCCGGCAAGCGAUGAGGUGGUGCUGAUGAAAAUCCUUCAGGUUUUGAGGACUUUGCUGCUGACUCCAGUAGGAGCCCAUUUGACUAAUGAGUCUGUUUGUGAGAUCAUGCAGUCCUGUUUUCGUAUAUGCUUUGAAAUGAGAUUAAGCGAGUUGCUGAGAAAGUCAGCUGAACACACGUUGGUGGACAUGGUGCAGCUGCUGUUCUCCAGAUUACCACAGUUCAAAGAAGAGGCCAAGAGUUAUGUAGGAACUAACAUGAAGAAGGCUUACAAUAUCUUAUGGAAAAACAAACGAGUACAGCUAAAGAUGAGAGCCGGGGGAAUGAGCGAGUCGUCCAAGUGGAAGAAGCAAAAGCGAUCACCCCGACCCCCUCGUCACAUGGUGCGCAGUGCCUCCGGGCAAAUGGAUCCAGCCCAGUCCAGUACUCUUACCAACAACCUCUCGGGUGGAGUUCCAUUCAUAGAGCAGCAGAGUGGAGUUUCCCUCGCUCUUCCAGGUCCAGACAGUGCAACUUCCUCCAUCUCCAGCCCUACCACUGAUAGUGGCAUGGACGCUGGCUCAAAAACCACCUCUAAGGAAGAUCUCACAGACCUGGAGCAGAGCAGCUCAACGGCCACCACUCCUGUAACGCCUUCUGGAGAGUCAGGCCGACUAGAAUCACAGUCUGAGGCCAGGGGAGUCGAGCAUGCCCAGUCCGCAUCAGUGGAAUCAAUUCCUGAAGUCCUGGAAGACCGAGACUUGCUGGCUGACCAGUCCGAUUCGGCAUCCAUCCAUGAUAUGGAUUACGUAAACCCUAGAGGAGUGCGCUUCAUGCAGUCCACCCAGAGAGAAGGUGCUGCUCUAGUCCCGUACGGACUUCCGUGUCUGAGAGAGCUCUUCCGUUUCCUCAUCUCUCUCACUAACCCACAUGACCGGCAUAACUCGGAUGUGAUGAUGCACAUGGGCCUGCAGCUGUUGAACGUGGCCCUAGAAGCUGCUCACAUUGCACCCUAUCAGUCACUCCUCUGCCUGGUCAAAGAUGAGCUCUGUAGGCACCUAAUACAGUUGUUGAACAUAGACAGAAUGAAUCUCUACACCGCCUCCAUACGCGUUUGCUUUCUUAUAUUCGAAAGCAUGAGGGAACAUCUGAAGUUUCAGCUUGAGAUGUACCUGAAGAAGCUGAUGGACAUUAUUACCUCAGAAAACCCUAAAAUGCCCUACGAGAUGAAGGAAAUGGCCCUGGAGGCUGUCGUACAGCUCUGGAGAAUCCCCAGCUUUGUUACAGAGCUCUAUAUAAAUUAUGACUGUGAUUUCUACUGCUCCAACCUGUUUGAGGACCUCACCAAACUUCUUUCCAAGAAUGCCUUCCCAGUGUCUGGGCAGCUCUAUACAACCCAUCUCCUGUCUCUUGAAGCCCUGUUGACUGUGAUUGACAGCACAGAGGCCCACUGUCAGGCCAAAGUGCUAAACAGUGCUGCACAGCAAGACCAAUCAGAAUCGACGACAGGAGAAGCCAACGGUUCGGUCAGCACACUCACAGAUUCAACCACAGAGGCUGGCAAUUCCAUACCAAAUUCUAAUGGGCAGAAUGCUGUGGUAUCAGAGGCCAACUCUACCGGUCCUCCAACCAGUGGUCAUCUGAUGGCAGAGAAGAUGAGAUUAGGUAGACAGGACCAGGAAGAGUCUGACUCAGCAGAGAAGAAAAGCCCUACAAAGCCACAACGUUUUACCAGCUGUCUGCCAGGCUCUCAGGAACUUUUAGAGAUCAAGAACAAGAAGAAGCUUCUCAUCGCAGGUACAGAGCAGUUCAAUCAAUCUCCAAAGAAGGGCAUUCAGUUCCUUCAGGAGAAAGGCCUGCUCAGCAGUCCAAUGGACAAUAAUGAGGUGGCCCAGUGGCUGAAAGAGAAUCCCCGUCUGGACAAGAAGAUGAUCGGGGAGUUCAUAAGCGACCGCAGAAACACAGACCUGCUGGACAGUUUUGUCAACACGUUCACCUUCCAAGGACUGCGAAUAGACGAAGCUCUCCGCUUGUAUCUGGAGGCAUUCCGUCUUCCCGGCGAAGCACCCGUCAUUCAUCGGCUCCUGGAAACCUUCACGGACAACUGGCACAAAGUGAACGGUAAUCCCUUCCUGACCAACGAUGCCGGCUUCGCUCUGGCUUACGCAGUCAUCAUGCUGAACACCGACCAGCACAACCAUAACGUCCGUAAGCAGAACAUCCCUAUGACUGUGGAGCAAUUCAAGAAGAAUCUGAAAGGCGUGAACGGAGGGAAUGACUUUGAUCAAGACAUGCUGGAAGACAUCUACAAUGCCAUCAAGAAUGAGGAGAUUGUGAUGCCCGAUGAGCAGACGGGACUGGUAAAGGAGAACUAUGUGUGGAGUGUUCUGCUGCACAGAGGGACAUCACCCGAAGGGCUGUUCCUCCAUGUGCCCGAUAGCAGUUACGAUCGUGACCUCUUCACCAUGACUUGGGGACCAACUAUUGCCGCCCUCUCCUAUGUUUUUGACAAGAGUCUGGAUGACACAAUCAUUCAGAAGGCCAUUGCUGGGUUUAGGAAAUGUGCCAUGAUAUCUGCACACUACGGCUUCAGCGACGUUUUUGAUAACUUAAUCAUUUCACUCUGCAAGUUCACUACACUCAGCUCUGAGUCUGUAGAGAACCUGCCGACCGUGUUUGGCAGUAACAGGAAGGCUCAAAUCGCUGCCAAAACUGUGUUCAGUUUGGCCCAUCGUCACGGUGACAUCUUACGAGAGGGAUGGAAGAACAUCAUGGACUCUAUGUUGCAACUCUUCAGGGCUGAGCUGUUACCCAAGUCCAUGGUCGAGGUUGAGGACUUUGUGGACCCGAAUGAGAAGAUUUCUUUACAGCGUGAAGAAACGCCAUCAAACAGGGGUGAGUCCGCCGUAUUGAGUUUUGUGAGCUGGUUAACAUUAAGUGAGCAAUCUGGACACAGAGGCCCAUCCACUGAAAACCAGGAAGCCAAACAAGCUGCCAUCCUCUGCAUAAAGCAAUGUGACCCAGAGAAACUGAUCACAGAAAGCAAGUUCCUGCAGCUGGAGUCUUUACAGGAGCUCAUGAAGGCUCUCAUCUCUGUGACCCCUGAUGAGGAAACGUAUGAUGAAGAAGAUGCUGCUUUCUGUCUAGAGAUGCUUUUGCGUAUCAUUCUUGAAAACAGGGAUAGGGUAUCGUGUGUAUGGCAGACGGUACGGGAUCACUUAUAUCAGCUGUGUGUCCAUGCUAAUGAGAGCUGCUUCCUGGUGGAGAGAGCUGUCGUGGGAUUGCUCAGACUUGCGAUACGUUUGCUGCGCAGAGAGGACAUCGGCUCACAGGUUCUCCUGUCUCUUCGCCUGCUGUUGAUGAUGAAGCCUCACGUUCUGUCUAGAGUCUGUAGAGAGGUCGCCUUCGGCUUACACGAGCUACUUAAAACCAACGCUGCCAACAUCCAUUGUACAGACGACUGGUACACGCUCUUUUCCCUUCUGGAAUGCAUCGGGACUGGGGUCAAACCUCCGGCUGCUUUGCAGGUUGCCAACAGCAGCCCAGACAACGACACGGGUGCUCAGUCAGACAGUGAACUAAGUUCAUAUCACCACAGUGAAGUCAGUCUUGACCGAGGCUAUACGUCUGACUCCGAAGUUUACACCGAGCAUGGCAAGUCCAGAUUACCUCGUUCGGCUACAGAUGUCGAUGUGGGCUGGCUUGUGGUGGGCAAAGAUGACCUGGAUGGUAGUAAGACAGCGGUGGUCCCUGCUCCAAAGGCCCUGCUCCCAGCUCUCAUUAACCAAUACAGUUUAACUCUUGGAGUAGACAUGGGUCUGCAUGACACCAAGUCUCUCAUCAAGUGCGUGGAUUCGCUUUCCUUCAUCGUGCGUGAUGCCGCCCAUGUCACACCCGAAAACUUUGAGCUUUGUGUUAAAGCCAUACGAGUGUUCGUGGAGGCGAGCCUCAACGGAGGAUACCGCACUCACGAGAAGAAAAAGAUUCACAAAUACGACUCCAAAAGCCGGCUCAGAAAGAAGCCGAGGGACAAGGAAGGCGCAUCACGACGAGCCAAAACGUCCAGUCAGCGGCCCGCCCGUUCUCAUAGCGACGAUGAGGAAGACGAGGGCGUGCCGGCCAGUUACCACACGGUGUCUUUUCAGGUUAGUCUGGACUUGUUAGAUCUGAUGCAUACACUGCACACGCGAGCAGCCGGCAUCUACAGCUCUUGGGCGGAGGAACAGCGCCAUCUUGAGGGCAGUGGCAGAAAGAUCGAGGCGGACUCUCAGACUCUAUGGUCCAGCUGCUGGUGUCCUCUGCUUCAAGGCAUGGCAUGGUUGUGCUGUGACGCACGAAGACAAGUGCGCAUGCAAGCUCUCACCUACCUGCAGAGGGCGCUGCUGGUUCAUGACCUGCAAACUCUGGACGCUGUGGAGUGGGAAUCCUGUUUCAACAAGGUCCUGUUUCCUUUGCUCACCAAACUCUUGGAUAACGUCAGUCCAGCUGAUGUGGGCGGUAUGGAGGAGACCAGGAUGAGGGCAUGCACGCUGCUUUCUAAAGUGUUCCUACAGCAUCUCUCUCCCCUGCUCUCAUUGCCCACUUUUGCUGCCCUCUGGCUCACCAUUCUGGACUUCAUGGACAAGUACAUGCAUGCUGGUUCCAGCGACCUGCUGCUGGAAGCGAUCCCUGAAUCUCUGAAGAACAUGCUGUUGGUGAUGGACACCGCAGGGAUCUUUCACAGUGCAGACUCUCGUACAGGUUACUCGGACCUGUGGGAAAUCACCUGGGAGAGAAUUGACUGUUUCUUGCCCCGACUCAAAGAGGAGCUCUUCAAACAGGCUGUCAUUCCAGAACAGGUCUGUAAUGUUCCUGCGGAGCCCGUCCCACCCCCUAUCGCUGUUACGCCAGCCUCUCCCCCCGUGCCAGCCCCAUCGCCAGUGCCAGCGGCCCCUGCAGAGCCAAACGUCCCUAGCAGACCUACAUCACCUCAGGAUAUACCUACACCUAGUGCCAACGGAACCGAUAGAUCAUCUCCAGUACCUCCUUCGACACCUCCCGUGGCCACUCCGUCAAAGAUGAGUUCUGCAGAAGCCCCGCCCCCUCUCAGUCAGUCUCCACUUAUCCUACAGCCCCUCGCCUCACCACUGCAAGUGGGCGUGCCCCCUAUGUCUCUGCCAAUCAUUCUGAACCCUGCUCUUAUAGAGGCCACCUCACCUGUACCCCUGCUGCCCCGGCCCACAUCCGACUGACCCAGCCGUCAGAUAAAAGGCACGAGAGUGUUGUGACGGUUUAAGGAAUAAAACCCAUCUUAUUCCACCGUUCUCCUGUCUGCUUACACGCUCCUUCACACUAUUAAAUGAAAUGAAACAGCAGGACGUGGAAUAAGAGAGCGUGAGACAGAGGACAUUGAUUUGCAUGGUUGAAGAAACACCCAGAUCAUUUGGACUUUGUACGUCCUUCAGUUAGAUGUGCUACAUAAAUAACAAUAUUUAUUCAAACCAGAAAGGUGCCACUGAAAUAUGAAGGGCAGUUUUAUUAUUGAUGGGAUUUGAUUUAUUUCAGAGUCAAUGCUAACAGAUUUUAAUUUCUUUUUCCUGAAAUUUGCUCAGGCGCUGAUCACAGAGAAUGUCUAAUUGGUACCGCAUGCAAAGCGGGUUCAGCAAAAGAAACCAUAAGAAACUCUUCAAUCUUUACAGCUUUUAUCACAGUUCAAACUAAAUCUAAACUGUACUGUAUAAAGAAAAUUAUUUUUUGAACAAUUUACAGGAUGUUUCUUUGGCUUUUACAUUCGUUUUGCCAUAAUUGGUCCAAAGAAAGACUGAGUUACAGAGCAGCAGCCACUUGUAUUUUUCAGUAAUGAAUCAUUGAUGGCAGACAUUUGUGGAUUAUUUCUACAAAAUGGUCCUUUUGGAUAAAAACGCUAUAAUUGCAGCUUGUGUCUAGUAUGACUGGAGAUGCCCUCAAUUUAUUUUGCGCACCACUACUACAUUCCACACUUGUUCAUUUUCAACCGGUUUCUGUUUUCGAUGAUGAAAUCAUAUAGCAGAUUUCUAAAUGUCAGGUUUUUAUCUUAUUUGACUUUUUUAUUUGUAAGUUGUCUUAAAGAGAGAUCAUAGUGUUUCUUAUGCUGUUUGCUGUAUCAGUCUGGCAGUUCUGGCCUUCCAGAAACGAUGGAAGCGAUACACCAGCCAAAUAUCAAAAUCACCCCAUGAUUUACACACCCUCACGCCAUCUGAGAUACAUAUGUACAUCAUCUUUCAGACAAACACAUUUGAAGUAUUUUAGUAAAUGUCCUUGCUUUUCAAGCUUUAUAACGGGAGAACGAAAGUGCAUCCAUCCUUUACAGAAGUAAUCCACAUGGCUCCAAGGGGUUAAUAUUUGUAUAAAAAACUUUAUAAACUAGUAUAACUAGCUUCCAGUAACGACGCUAUUUUGGACACGAUUCACGAGAGAUUACCCGCAAAAGUCACUUAUUAACCCCUUGUAGCAGUGUGGAUUACUUCUGUGAGGGAUUGAUGCCCUUUUUUGGGGUUUGAAGUCAGAAGUUGUUCCCUGAUUUCUCCAAUUAUAAAGCUUGGAAGAGCAACGGCAUUUACUAAAAUAACUCCAAAUGUGUUCGUUUGAAAGAUGAUGGACAUGUGUAUCUCGCAUUGCUUGGGGGUGAGUAAAUCAAAUGGUAAUUUUGAUAUUUUCCUGGAGUAUCUCUUGUUAGUUAAGUCCUGAAACAAAAACAAAACAAACGUAGAUCAGUCCGGGCACUUUCAGAUGCACACUACAGAUGCCCUUCUUUGCAGUAAUAAUGCAUAACCUCUUUAUUUAUGGUUUAUCUCUUAACUAUUAACCACUUCAUGAACCUGAGAAGUUCAUCCUUAAAGUAGCUAAAAAAAAACCCUCAUUCCAAAUGUAAUCGUUUUCAGGCCAUCGGCUUGUUUAAGGCAAGACCAGCUUAUGUGUUUCACAAGAUUAAUUACAGUUUAUAGUGCAUCUGACAGUGAACAAUAUGUGAUCCUGACAGAAACUACUUGGGUGGGUGGUUUCACCUUUAUGGCUCAAGAAACUGUAGAUUUUAAGGAAUAAUAUUCUAAUUUAAUCUAGAUCUUCACUGCCUUACUUUAGAGAAAGCAGACUUUAAAUGGCACUGACACAAACCUAACACGUGUCAGAAGUGAAACAGACAUUGUCUUUUCUUUGUUUGCCUCUUGUUGUACUGCAUUCUUAGACACAGCGGGAGCUAAAUUUGUAGUCAACAGUUCAUUCAAUGAAACUUAUCGGUGUAUAUAUAUACAUAUAUGAAUAAAAGUAAAUGUACUUUUUACAGUGUAAUAAAUAUAUAUGGUAAAAAUCAUA